AUGGGUUCUGGCAAUAGUGUCAAUAUCGCCAUUAGUCUUGAUCGAAUGAAUCCAUUCUUUUAUGCCGGUGAAAUAGUAUCGGGAACAGUCAAUGCAGAAAUCAUGAAAGAACACGUUAAUGUCGACGAAAUAUUUGUUGUAUUAAAUGGCGAAACUGGCUACACAACAACUCGUAUUGUUGAUCAAUCAGACGGCUCUAUACGUACUUUUCAUCAGCCGGAUGGCUCAACACGUACGGAAACUGAGUAUCAUGUAUCACGCUUUUUUUCCGAAAAAAGAGUCCUGGAAGGUCCAGGGCUUUUAAUGAAAAAUUCGAGUAAUCUUUCAAGACAGUAUUCAUGGCGAUUCAGUUUUCAAUUGCCAUGCCAACUUCCACCGACGAUCAAUAACCCGCACAACUAUCCACAUGUUCGAUACUACUUGAAUUUUGUAAUUGAUAAACCUUGGUAUCAACGAAACCAAACAGAAACUCUCUAUUUGACAGUUUUUCCUCAUGUCAAUUCAUCGAAUCACCUGCAGUAUUUGACGCCAUCUACAUUUGGUAAUCAUAAUCGAAAAGAUGUUCUUCUUAAAGGCAAUAUGAAUAAAUUGGUUUAUGUACCUGGUGAAACAAUUACGGGAACCUUAGAAAUUGAAAAUCCAAAACAAACUACAUUGAAACACAUUUAUUUAACAUUGACUCAAUAUUAUCGAAUUGAGAGUGUCACGGGAAAAGAAAUAAUUGUUCAAACAACUAUACCCACAGUGGUUCACACAAAAGAGAAACAGAUAAUGGAAACAUUUUCUAUACCAAUUCCUUUUGGACUUUUGCCUCCAUCGUAUACGUUUCAUGGCGGCUUACCCCAUACGUCUCAAGUAAGUAUCAAUUAUGUUGUAGAAAUUGAAGUUAAAGUCAGUGGCAUCUUCACAAAUUUUGAUGCUACUAUUCCCAUUAUAAUAGCAACUGAAUCCGGCCCACAACCAAAUCAACAUCAGGUAAAUUAUGCAACCAACUAUUUAUCUAAUUCCCUUUAUUAA